AUGCAGCCAACAACCUCUUUCGCCGCAUUCCUUGCGGCUACCAUGGCCGUUCUCGACGUCGCCUCGGCUUCCCCGACUAUUCCUCCUAGGGUGCCGGUCCCGAUCUCGAGCACAAUCUCGGGCACCGCCUCGCUGAAGCAGGUGCGCAACGUUAGGCACACCGGCAAGGGCCAGAAGGGAGCCCUGCGACUUAAACAGGCCUUACUGAAGUAUGGCGCCGCCAUCCCCGACGACUUAUCCAACGCCGUCUCCCGCAUCCGCAACAAGAUCCAGUCCGAGCUCCAAGGCGUUCGUCUCCCCAACCUUCCCAUCAAGGACAAGAGGGCCACUGGAUCCGCGCCUGCUACCCCGGAGGAGUACGACGUCGAGUACCUCACCCCUGUUCAGAUCGGCUCGCCCCCUCAGACGCUCAUGCUCGACUUUGACACGGGCUCUGCCGACUUGUGGGUCUACUCAUCCGCUACUCCUGCCAGCGACAUCGACGGACAGGAGGUGUACAACCCCGGUGCUUCCAACACCAGCUCCAAGGUCCAGGGAUCGACUUGGGACAUCAGCUACGGUGACGGCAGCUCCUCCAGCGGAGACGUCUAUUACGACAACGUGACCGUUGGCGGCCUGUCUGUCUACCCUAUGGCUGUUGAGGCGGCGACCGAUGUCUCCGCCGAAUUCACGGCCGAUGAAGACAUCGAUGGUCUGCUCGGUCUGGCCUUCGGCAAGCUGAACACUGUUUCACCCAAGAAGCAGAAGACAUUCUUCGAGGCUGCCAGAGCCUCGCUCGACAAAUAUCUCUUCACUGCUGACCUGAAGGCUGGAGAGCCCGGCACUUACAACUUCGGCUUCAUCGACGAGACCGCUUACACGGGCGACAUCGAGUACAUUCCCGUCGACAGCUCCGACGGUUUCUGGACCUUCAACACGACCGGCUACCAGGUUGGCUCCAGCGCCUACACGGCAGACGCCAUCACCGGCAUCGCCGACACUGGCACCACCCUGAUGCUUCUCCCCACCGACGUCGUCAACGCUUACUAUUCCGCUAUCAAGACUUCCAGCUACGACAGAGUCAACGGCGGUUAUGUGUUCCCCUGCGACACCGACCUUCCGGACUUCAGCUUCGGCGUCGGCAAGGCCACCGUUACCGUUCCUGGCAGCUACAUCAACUACGCCCCCGUUGACAGCGCCAACAGCAGCUGCUAUGGCGGUAUCCAGGACGACAGCGGCAUCGGCUUCGCCAUUUUCGGCGAUGUUGCCCUCAAGGCCGCUUUUGUCGUCUUCGAUGGCGAGAAUGAGCAGCUUGGCUGGGCCUCCAAGAAGCUGUGA